GCACCCAAAGGAGUGAUGGGAGUGUCAGAAGGCCGGGGCUUAACCGGAACGUCUCUUUUCUCUCCCCCUCUCUCCACACAGGUGACGGAGCUGAACGAGCCCCUGUCCAACGAAGAGAGGAACCUGCUGUCCGUGGCCUACAAGAACGUGGUGGGGGCGCGGCGCUCGUCCUGGCGAGUCAUCAGCAGCAUCGAGCAGAAGACCUCUGCAGAUGGCAACGAGAAGAAGAUCGAGAUGGUCCGCGCCUACCGCGAGAAGAUCGAGAAGGAGCUGGAAGCCGUGUGCCAGGAUGUGCUGAGCCUGCUGGACAACUACCUGAUCAAGAAUUGCAGCGAGACGCAGUACGAGAGCAAAGUCUUCUACCUGAAGAUGAAAGGGGACUAUUACCGCUACCUGGCCGAGGUGGCCACCGGCGAGAAGAGGGCGACCGUGGUGGAGUCUUCGGAGAAGGCCUAUAGCGAAGCCCAUGAGAUCAGCAAGGAGCACAUGCAGCCCACCCACCCCAUCCGGCUCGGGCUGGCCCUUAACUACUCGGUUUUCUACUACGAGAUCCAGAACGCGCCGGAGCAGGCCUGCCACCUGGCCAAGACGGCCUUCGACGACGCCAUCGCCGAGCUGGACACCCUCAACGAGGACUCCUACAAGGACUCAACGCUCAUCAUGCAGCUCCUCCGCGACAACCUAACGCUCUGGACGAGCGAUCAGCAAGACGACGACGGCGGAGAAGGCAACAACUAGACCCCCCCGAUGGACUGGCAGCCGCACGCUGAUGCUAACUACUGCAGUCUUUAUUUUUUUCCCACGAGUGGGGGGGGUUUUUUUUUUUUUUUUUUUUUGGUUGAGAUAUUUAUUAGGGUAGCUUACAGUAUUAACACUAAAUUGCAGUUUACAGUAUUUCUACAUUACAGCCAUAUGACAUCAAGCCUUUGAUUGUCUGUUUUUCUUUCUUUUGCUAGUUCUUUUGGCUUGCCUUCCUGAGCAGUCCUCGCCUGUGGACUGGCUUUAGCUAUUCUGUGUCGCCCAAGGCAAGAAGACCGCCCGCCCGAGGAACAUCAAAGCUGCUCUAGUUUUUUGGUCAACAGCUUAACAGGUGCUUGGCUAGCGGCUGUUUCAACUAUUUUAAGUCCACAGCAAAAGGUUUAAGAACUUAAUUAGACAAAGGGGGAAGUGUUUAAACUUAAAAAAAAAAUGCCACUUAAAUAAAAAACAAUAAAAAAUAUUUAAAAAAAAGAGCAUUCAGGUCUGUAUGUCAUGUACUGUGUUUGGUAUUUCAAAAGACCAUCCUGAUUUAAGGUGCCACAGCUGCUUCCUCAGGGAUUGCACUGCCAUUUCACUCUGCCUGACUUUCUCCCACUGUACCAUGAGGUUUGUCAGCAGAUCUCCAGCACCCAGGGCUCCCUUGUUUGUCACCAGGGAAGCCGGGUGCGUUUUCCUUUCUCCUGGGGAAGCUUGUGGUGUAAUGAGUGAACUUCAGGAGCUUAGACACUAAUUUGGUAGAGAAAUUCCUCAAGGGAAGAGCUACAAUCAUAGACAUUUCUGUCCACCAUCGGGAGCCCAGGAACUUAGUUCUCUUCUUAGCAAAAUCUUUUCUCAGUCUGUCUGAUCCGGCCGGGGGUGGGAGUUGGGGCAUCUGAAUUGCUUAGCAGGUACUACUUACCCCAUUUUGAGUAAGUUUAGCUUUAAUUUUGGUUUUUUUCCAUGGUUGUUGGAGGUUCAGUGCUGUUCUCUGGCUCGCGGAGCGCUGCGCCCUGCAGCGCUUCCCCAGCGCCGCGCAGCGAGGAGAACCCGCGCUCGUGCUUUGAUUCAGUCCUUAUCGUGAUUCUGAGAUUCUGACGCUGAUUUGGAAGCAGGCUUUCCCCGGCCCUUGCGAGAGCCAGCCCGGCACGUGGUGAGGCACACACGGCACCGCUGGGGCCCGGCUUGGUUUGGGUCGGGCUCUCCCUGCUCCGAGCGCCCCGCAGGGAGCUGGGGCUGCAGCUUCCCGCGGUGAGGGUGUGCGGUGCCGCCGAGUGCCGGGACCGGGAGAUGCUUUAGGCUUUCCCUCUCAUCCACCCCCGUGUCCCGUGAGCAGUGUUGUCCCAGCUGUGUAAUUGGAAGUGAUUUACUGGAAUUACAAAACUUAUCUUCUUUUUUUUUUUUUUUAUGUUUUUUUUUCCCCAAAUAAUUACUACUCUUUUUGGCUUUUUGCUCUGGCUGCUUUAGGAAACUUAUGCAGGAGAGAUGGCACAAGAGGGCUAAAAACGGAGUGGGGGUCAGGGACUUGAUUUUUAAGCAGCUUGAAUGGUUUCUUUCAUUUUUUAAGAGAUGCACUUGCCUAUGAUACUGUCUCUCCAGUGAAAUGAUUACUGCUCCAUUACUCUAUUGAUACAAUAUUGUGCAUGCUAGUGUCGUAUUUCUAUACAGUAGCUUGAAAUUUAUUAACUUAUACUGUAGAUGUUAUGUAUUCCUAUGACAAAAUAGUCUUCAAAAAUUUUUUAAAGUUUUUUAAUUUAUUUUUCUUUCCUUUUUUUUUUUCGGGGGUAAAGUUUGCUCUACCAAAUAGUGAUCGUAACAAACUGAUCUGUUAUGGAUGUUGCUAUAGUGACAUGCAAUUAUAUAUGAUUUUGUUUUUAAAAAGGAAAAAAAAAAGCAAAAGAAAACACCAGUGUUAGCUUAAUCUUAAUGUCUGGUGUUCGUCAUGGUGAAAUUAUAACUAUUACAGUGUAGGAGAACAAUGACUGUGUUCUUUGAAUGAGCCUUUGUUUGUGCUUUUUGUCAUGUUAUGCAGUGAACUAUUUUUAAGGUCUAAUCAGUGAUUAUUUUUCCAACUCCGUGUUUCUGUAAGGAAUUAUUUCACACACGGACCAUUCUUAGCAGUUUUUCCUCAGUGAUGGAAUAUCAUGAAUGUGAGUCAUUAUGUAGCCGUCGUACAUUGAGCAAAUAAACUUACAGAUCUGACGUCAGCGCUGCUUAA